AUGCCUUAUAAUAAUUAUCAAUUAAACCAUUUACAACGAAAAGCUUUGGUAGAUUUAUUCGCUCAUCUUCAACAUUUUAAUGAUGAAUUCUUAAAGAGCAAUAUUCUUAACCAUGACUUCUUAAAGAGCAAUAUUAUUAAUAACGAUAAACUUUUUUUACGAAAUUUGAAAACAACUGCCAUUAAUCUUGGUUUACAUUAUGUUCAUCAAAAAAAUGUCGUGAUUGGUGAUGAAAUUUUUAGAAAAGCUGUUAAAAACCAUAAAGAGUGGUACGAAGUGAAUAGACAAUGGAUCAUCUUUUUUGUAAUUUUGGCAAAGAAAAGUUCCAUCGAUAAAUGUUCUUCAUAUGCUUGUGUAUCUCCGGUUGAAGAAACUAAAAAAGGUGACGAUUGUAAAAAAAUUGGCUUUUCGGAUAGCGUGGGAAAAGAUCAAACAUUUAUUUCUAAGAAGUUAAAGAAACCUCUACCAAAAGUUGCUGAUGAUCAGAUUAUUAAACCACAAAAGAAAUUAGAUGUUGAUAAACCAUUUGUACAAUUUCAAAAUAAGAAAUUUAUAAAAAAGCGCUCAAAAAAUUUGUAA